UGUCCUGAUAUAAGGCUAACGGUACACUCUCUGUCCUGUAAGGCUAACGUUACGGUCCCUGGUCUGUUCAUCCUGACAUUCGCCAUGAACACGAUUGUCAUCUUCGCUCUCGCCUGUGUCAUUGCCAGUACCAGUGCUCUGGUUGGUCAAACCUGUACCAGCAAUGACCAGUGUGACGCAGGAGAAUGUUGUCAGAUCCUCAGUCUCUUCAUGAUCGCCAGCAGACGUCAACUUGAUGCCUUCAUGCUGCCACAGAACCCAACCAGUGGCACCUGCCAGAAGUACAAGCUGGAGGGCGACAGCUGCAGCACAUUCGAGAAGAUGAACGGCUACUGCAGCUGUGAGCCUGGUACCACGUGUCACAUGUACGAGGUGCCCCUCCCCACAGACACCCCCACCUCCAGGAUGAUCGUGGCCCCACGACCCGGGUACCAGUGGGUCUCCAAGUGUGAGAAACCCGUAGCUUAAGCUCGAACUUUGACCUAAACUCUGACCUAAGGGAAAGUUUACGUACAUAAAUAUUUCUUUGGUCUAUUGUAUAACCAUUGUCAAAUCUAUAAGUAAAAAUAAACCGGGAGUGAUCUCCCCUAAACUUU